AUGCGCAGCUUUGACUUUGUUAGACCAAAGCUCUAUCCACUUUUGCAGGAGGAGUUGGCCCUCUUCCAUACGCCCGAACACAUCGACCGCUACUGUCCUGAAUCCUCCUCUGAAUAUGAAGGGGAUGAGAUGAAAAUGGAGGCUCUAGGGAGCAUGACAGAACUGGCUAUGGAUCCGGAGACAUCGGUUAACAAAGGAGAUCGAAAAUUGGCUACCUCUUCCUUGGCCACUCUCCAUUGUGGUGGCGUGGGUGUCGACUCGGACACUGUGUGGAAUCCCGAGACUACCUCUAAGUCCGCUCGACUUGCUGUUGGACAGGUUCUCUGUCUUGCUCACAAUCUUGCUUGCGGUCGACUAAGAAAUGGCUUUGCUCUUGUCCACCCUCCUGGUCAUCACGCUGAGCCGGAUCAGGCCAUGGGUUUUUGCUACUUCAACUCUGUAGCUAUAGCUGCACUCUCAAUCCUGCGAAGUGGGCAAGCGAAUCGUGUCCUCAUCAUUGAUUGGGACAUUCAUCAUGGAAAUGGAACGCAGUUUGCAGCAGAAAAACAUCCCGGUCUACUUUACAUUUCGCUGCAUCGCUAUGAUCAAGGCACUUUCUUCCCCGGUACGGGCUCCUUCCAACGUCAUUGUCAUAGUGGUUAUAUCAUCAACAUUCCUUGGGGAUGCACCGAUGCCAGUCCUGCCGCUUCAGUUCGUCGUGAAUCUUGGCGCCUGGCGAAAGUUACAAAGGCUGCCUCGUCUAACGACAGUGGGGUGCCGGAGGAUUGCGCCUCCACAAUGGUAGGAGGAAUAGCACAGAGUUCCACCUCUUCACCCGCCUCCUCUUCUGCUGGCUCGCUGGACGCGGGGCUAGCUCGAUGCCCGGUUAGUGGAGGCAGUGGUGGGGAGACGUCAGGAACAGUGGGACUCUCUGAUUCGGAGUAUCUGGCUGCCUUUCGCAGUCUUGUGCUCCCUCUGGCCACUGAGUUCUCGCCGGAUGUGGUCUUGGUUUCUGCAGGGUUCGACGCCGCGGCUGGGCACGGGAGUGCUCUGGGUGGAUAUGAGAUAUCUCCUGGAGCCUUUGCAUGGAUGACACGACAAUGCAUGUCUCUAGCCGGAGGAAGAGUUGGUCUGGUUUUGGAAGGCGGCUAUGUUGCUUCGGUAACUGCUGACUGCGUUGCCACUUGUCUGAACGCCCUUCUUCUUCCCAAUCCGCCACCCGCCGUCUUCGAUGUUAAUCCCGGUGGCAGUAGCUUUCAGAGACUUGCCAUUCUAGAUGACUGUAUCACGGCUGCCAAAGCCUGGGUUGCGCCUUCUGAGCUUGCUCGUGCUCCACGGCCAGAAGCAGUGAAGACCCUUGUUGAAGUUGCCAACGUUCAUGCUGCAAGUGGACGGUGGAAGUGCCUUACUAUGCCGGAUACCUCAGUCUUGGUGGACGUGGCUCUGUCCUUCAACAAAGCAAUGGAACAGGAACGUGCACGUCUCCUUUCUUCUUCCAACACCGCUGUCGCGUCGUCGUCUGUCUGGAGCCCCUCCUCGAAACCCGACUCUCUGUGA